AUAAUGUAGUGCAGUGUGUUGUGAAAAGGUUUGCAAAAGUACGUUAGAAAAGAGCAAAAUACGCAGUAAUGUCUGAAGUGGAGAAGAGAUUUGUAUUAACGAAGAGAUACCAGAGAACUAAACCCAAUGUGUGGAUAGAAUAUAACAAAUUGGCUUCAAAAUACAAACCUGUUAAUCUUGGGCAAGGUUUUCAAGAUUAUGCUGUACCCAAAUAUAUUACGAACGGUUUAGCAGCAGUAGCAGUUUCUCCCAAUCCUUUAUUGCAACAAUAUACCAGAGGACACGGCCACCCUAGAGUUGUUGAAGCAUUAGCAAAACUUUAUUCGCAAUUGAUUGGAAGAGAUAUUGAUGCAAAAAAUGAAAUUAUUACUACAAUUGGUGCAUACGGUGCACUAGACGCAGCUAUUACUGGACAUACAGAUGUAGGAGAUGAAGUUAUUAUAUUAGAACCAUUUUUUGAUUGCUAUGAACCAAUGGUAAAGUACGCUGGAGGUAUUCCAGUUUUUGUGCCACUUACACCGAAAGAAUCUCGCGGUAAAUUACCAACAUCGGCUGAUUGGACUUUCGACAGAGGGGAGUUAGAAAAGGCAUUCAAUAAAAAAACCAAAUUAAUCAUUGUAAACUCGCCUAAUAACCCACUGGGAAAAAUAUUUUCGAUGGAGGAAUUAACUUUUAUUGCAUAUCUAUGUAAGAAAUGGAAUGUUGUUUGCAUAUACGAUGAAGUAUAUGAAUGGAUUGUUUAUCAGCCUCACAAACAUAUUAGAAUGGCUACAUUACCCGGCAUGUGGGAGAGAACCAUUACCAUUGGCUCUGCAGGAAAGGCAUUCAGUGUGACAGGUUGGAAAAUGGGCUGGGCGUAUAGCCCGAAAUAUUUAAUGAACAAUCUACACAUCGUUGUGCAGAACAGUGGAGUUACUCCAAUACAGGAAAGUGUAGCGAUAGCGAUGGAAAAGGAAAUCGGUAGAUUUGGACGUGAUGAUUGUUUUUUCUUCUCCCUGCCAAAAGAAUUGGAAGCCAAAAAGGAUUAUAUGGCUAAGAUGCUGAGGGACGUUGGAAUGAUUCCUACUAUUCCAGAUGGAGGCUACUUUAUGUUAGCCGAUUAUACUCCUAUUGAGUCAAAAGUUGAUAUGAAUUCGGAAAAGGAUAAAUACAAGGACUACAGAUUUACCAAAUGGAUGAUCAAGAAUCUUAAACUCCUUGGAAUACCCGUUUCAGCAUUUUAUAGCGAACAACAUAAACAUUUAGCUGAAAACCAUGCCCGUUACUGUUUUAUAAAGAGUGCCGAAACUCUCAAAAAGGCUGAGACUAUAUUACAAGAAUGGAAAAAAACCUGGUAAAUGGAUGUGUUAACUACUUAGUAAUCUGCUAUGUUGCUAAAAAAUCUCCUGGAAUAAAUUUGUAUUAUUUUUUGUAUACAUAAAAUAACAAAAAUAAAAUUUUUAGCAAUCAUCAA